CCCCGCCCCGCGGCCGCCCCGCCCGUUCCGCCCGGCCCCGCGUCCUCUUCCGCCCGGCCGCCGCCCGCUGCCGCCAUCAUGAAGGUGGAGCUGUGCAGCUUCAGCGGGUACAAGAUAUACCCCGGGCACGGCCGCCGCUACGCCCGCACCGACGGCAAGGUUUUCCAGUUCUUGAAUGCAAAAUGCGAGUCUGCAUUUCUUUCCAAGAGAAACCCCCGUCAAAUCAAUUGGACUGUUCUGUACAGGCGUAAGCACAAGAAAGGGCAGUCAGAAGAGAUACAAAAGAAGCGUACCCGCCGUGCUGUUAAGUUUCAGAGGGCUAUUACUGGUGCAUCUUUAGCUGAGAUUAUGGCUAAAAGAAAUCAGAAGCCUGAAGUACGAAAGGCACAGAGGGAACAAGCUAUUAGGGCUGCAAAAGAAGCCAAGAAGGCUAAGCAGGCCACCAAGAAAACAGCUGUUUCUGCUGCGAAGGCUCCAACAAAGGCAGCGCCUAAGCAGAAGAUUGUGAAGCCAGUCAAAGUUUCUGCUCCCCGUGUUGGUGGAAAGCGUUAACUUGCCAAACUGUUAGCUGCGCUGAAUAAAACACCUGACCAACUUUUA